UUGUUGUCCAUGCCUCAUGUCGGUCUCCCAGAUAACACCUUCUCUCUAUCUGAGCGGUGUGGAUGCUGCUCAGAAGCGAACACUGAUCACCAACAGGAACAUAACUCUGAUAAUAAAUGCCACAGCAGAGCUUAUGGUGUAUCCCAAUUACAAAGGUGUGGAGGUCCUUCAUGUGCCUGUCCAGGAUCAACCUCAUGCCCCAUUGAGACACUACUUUGAAUAUGUAGCCGAGUCCAUCCAUAACAACCAUUCAGGAAACACAUUGGUACACUGUUCUGCUGGCAGGAGCCGGUCUCCUGCCCUUAUCAUGGCUUACCUCAUGAAGCACAAAGGGGUCAGUCUACGUCAGGCCCAUGAAUGGGUUCUAGAGAACAGGCCUCACAUUCGUCCCAAUGCUGGAUUUUGGCGUCAGCUGAUGGAAUAUGAGAGAGAUCUUCAUGGGAAAAACACAGUGAGGAUGGUAGCCACACCUUGUGGGGUAUUCCCAGAGGCCCUUGACAAUGAAGAGAACUCUGCAUACUGCUUGAAUGUUUGACAAAUACUAUGUCUGUGAUUAUUAUAAGUUGUCAGAUUUAUGGGGUGUUUUGAUUUAUUUCUUCUUGGUUGACCUACACACUUCCAACAUUUUGCCAUAUUCAUACACUAACUGAACUUUGUCACUAACAACAUUCAUGCCAUGAUUGUCAUUAUAGGACAUUUCAUAAAGCAGAGAACAGAUGUAGUGCAAAGUUAAUUAGAACAAAGUUGUUACUAUUUGAAACAAAACAAAAAAUGCUUUUUCAAAAGGCAUUUCAGAGGUUUAUUUGUUAAUUAUUUACAGGAAUGUUUCUCUCAUCUCAAUCAGCUGUAUUUGUUUUCGUUCACCACUAAAUUCUAAGUCUCAAAUGGAGGAACAUCAGCACGGUAAAAUGAUCAGUGUUCUUGUAAGAUGUUCAGUGUUUCACUCAAUUAAACACAAUGGGCCCAUCGAGUGUUCCCUA